AGUGUUAUGCUUCCGCGGCUGCGGGAAGUAAUGGUACCUGGCCAAUUGAGAUACGGAGUUAAAACAGGGAUGUGCAGAUGGAGGCCGGAGGAGGCACUGCUGCCCCAGCCCCCGGGGACGCGGAGGACUUGGAGGAGAUGCGGUUCCCCAGUGAGGAGGCUAGAGACGGUGGAGGGAUUUGCAGGGACCUACCCGGUACUGAAGAUGCGAGCGUGGAGAAAACAGGAUCCGAGACCAAGGACCAGCCACCUGGCCUGCUGCUCCAGUCCGAGGCUCCAUCAUGCACCUAUGGGCUCUGGGGUCCGGCAGCCUCUGAGAACAGUCCCGUGGGCGGCCCUGAGAGUGGCUCAGGGGGCCAGGGCGGGGACCCCAGUGACGAGGACUGGCGCAGCAAGCGGAAGCACGUGUUUGUGCUGAGUGAGGCUGGCAAGCCCAUCUACUCACGGUAUGGUAGCGUGGAGGCAUUGUCAACUACCAUGGGUGUGAUGACAGCUCUCGUGUCCUUUGUGCAGAGUGCAGGAGAUGCCAUUCGCGCCAUCUAUGCUGAGGACCACAAGCUGGUGUUCCUGCAGCAGGGCCCACUGCUGCUGGUGGCCGUGUCAAGGACACCUCAGUCAGCAGCACAGCUGCGGGGGGAGCUUAUGGCCGUGCACGCACAGAUCGUGAGCACCCUGACACGUGCCAGCGUGGCCCGCAUCUUCGCGCGCAAGCAGAACUACGACCUCCGCCGCCUGCUGGCCGGCUCGGAGCGCACUCUAGACCGGCUUCUGGACAGUGUGGAGCGGGACCCGGGUGCCCUGCUGCUGGGCGCCGUGCGCUGCGUCCCUCUCGCUCGCCCGCUGCGGGAUGCGCUGGGUGCGCUGCUCCGACGUUGCACGGCGCCUGGCCUGGCCCUCUCGGUGCUGGCGGUUGGCGGUCGCCUGGUGACAGCAGCCCAGGAGCGUACUGUGCUGGCCGAGUGCCGGCUGGACCCAGCCGACCUGCAGUUGCUGCUGGACUGGGUGGGGGCACCGGCCUUUGCGGCGGGCGAGGCCUGGGCACCUGUGUGCCUGCCCCGCUUCAAUCCCGAUGGUUUCUUUUACGCCUACGUGGCCCGCCUGGACGCCAUGCCUGUCUGCCUGCUGCUGCUUGGCACCGACCCCGAGGCCUUCCACGACAUGGCCACCUGCCGGCGCCUGGUUGAGGACGGCAUGCACUCCCUUGGGGCCAUGCGCACCCUCAGGGAGGCUGCCAGCUUCUCCAACACCCCAUUGGCCGGUACCUCGGCCUACAGUGUGCAGGCUGUGGAGGCCGCCGGCCUCCGGCACUUCCUCUAUAAGCCGCUGGACAUCCCCGACCAUCACCGCCAGCUGCCCCAGUUUACCAGCCCCGAGCUGGAGGCCCCAUACAGCAGACAGGAGGAGCGACAGCGCCUGUCCGACCUGUACCACCGCCUGCACGCACGCCUCCACAACACCUCCCGGCCCCUGCGCCUCAUUUACCACGUGGCCGAGAAGGAGACGCUGCUGGCCUGGGUGACCUCCAAAUUUGAGCUGUACACCUGCCUCAGCCCCCUGGUGACCAAGGCAGGUGCCAUCCUCGUAGUGACCAAACUCCUGCGUUGGGUGAAGAAAGAGGAGGAUCGUCUGUUCAUUCGUUACCCACCCAAGUACUCCACGCCCCCAGCAGCCCCAGCUGUCUCCACGGACCAGGCUUCCCAUAACGGCCUGUUUACUGGACCUUGAGAGGCGGAGCUCCCAGACUGUGCCGUGUGGGGAACCACCAUCUUUGGCUUUUACUUCCUGUCUCCACCCUGGAAAUG